AUGUUGGAGGAUUUGAGGGACAAGGCCGAGGUGCCCCUGACGGCGCAGUCGCUGCGGCUGCUGGCGCGCCCCGAGCUGGGGGCCGUUGGGGUGGCUGCACAAGGGGCGGCCCCUGCACAGACAGACGGUGGUGACGUGUCUGGGGCGCUGCCCCGGGGGGGUCCCGAGGCACCCCCGACUGUCCCGUGCUGGGCACCGAGGCCGGGGACGUGCUGGUGCUGGACCCCGAGGCCUUCACCGUCAUCUGCAAGGGCUGGGUCCCGUCCCCCCCCGCGUUCGUGGCUCCGCGCGGCCCCGGGGACGGGCGGUGCCGCCUGGGGGUGGCGUGCAGGGACGGGACCCUGCGGGGGCUCAGCCGGUCCCGGGAACAGGCGUUUUGGGGGUGCUGGGCUCGCGCCUCGCGGGGUUGAUCCCCCAGGACUGGGGGCUCCUGGCAGCCACGGCCGACGGGACCCUGCAGGCCUUCAGCCCCCAGGGCCGCCGGCUCUGGGCUCUCCGGCUGCCGGCCCCAUCCGCGGCUGGCGGGGGCUGCCCGGGCGGGGGCUGGGGGCGGCCCUGGUGGCCUUGGGGACCCCCCCGGGCCCCUCAGGGGAGCUGCGCCUCUACCGGGGCCGGACCUUGCUCUGCACCCUCAGAACGCAGCUGGGGAACCCCAAACACCCCAAAUUCUCCUAA